UUCCCGGGCGGCCCGUCAUGGCGACCCUGGGCCAGCUGGUUGCCAAUAGUCUGUGGUUCGCGUUCGAUGCCUUGGACCAUCAGAAGACCGGCGUUGUUCCGAAGAGUCAGUUGAAGGUUUUGACCCAGAAUGUGGGGGUCUUACUCAACAUCGACCGACAAGUGGAGACCUGCAUUGCUGAGUACCUGAGCUCCAAACAACUCACCUUUGAACAAUUUCUUUAUUUUCUGACACAUGAGGUCCUGGCUGAAGUGGACAAUGGCAGCACCCCGUACAGCGAGCUCAAGGGGUACCACGAUACCCUCGAGCACACCUUCUGGCUGCUGGGCCGCUCCUCCCUCAUCCAGCGCCACCUGCCGCUCUUCUCCGAGGAGUCCGUCUACAGGCUCUUCCGGGUGUUUUGCCUCCUGGCGGAGAGGAAGCCGUCGAGGAAAGGGCUCUUGCAGGUGACGAUGAGCAUUGUAGAAGUGAGAGAAGUCACUCGACAGCUGGUCAUUCAACUGGGAAGGGAAUGGGAUGCCAAAGACUUUAACCAGCUAGCCACCGUGAUAACGAGCUUUACCUUCCCUGUGUUCCUGACGUUCCUGGAGGGACGUUACAUACAAGACACGGAAACCCCUGCCAUAAACCAGGCUGUCGAUGAAAUCUACGGGUUGUUCGUGGACCAAAUCAUGAAGCGGGGUAAAGUCUACCAGAGAGCGUGGUGGGCUCCUGUGUGGGUAGGGCGUGAGAUCGAGGUGCUUCCAUGGGCGAUGGCAACAAGAAGUCACAAGCCCAUGGCACGAACGAAAGCAGUGGUAGCGCGGGCAGCCGACAUCAUGCUGGGAAGAACACAUGUGAAACUAACGCCGUCAUCCACAGUCCACAGCAUCCCAGACGAGCCGGGAACUAGACCUUGUAGAUUCACGUUGUGUCUGGACUCAAACAAACUCAUUCAGUUAGCGGCUAUCGACCACAGGAGUAAGAGCGAGUGGCUGAGAGCCCUGGAUAUUGCAAUCCGACACUCUAGAGAGCCACUGCCAUAUCAGCUGGUGCAGUCCAUAUCGCGGAGAAGCGAAUAUGAGGAGGAAGAGGCUCGUGAAACUGCCGAGAGAAUCCGGAGGGCUUCACAGGCAGAUAUCAUUGAGAACACACAGGCUGAGCUCAUGGCAGAAAAAAUAGCUCGUGCAGAAGCUGAAGCAGCAGCCAAGGAGGAAGCUUUGGCUCGCCAGGAAGAGGAACGGCGCGUGGCAGAGCUUCAAAAUCUAAGAUUCCAGUUAGAAACUCUCCUGGAGGAGGAAACUCAAGCGAAACGAGACGAGGAAAUUGUUAGGAACUUACAAGCUCGGGUUUUGCGAGAGGAAUGGGAAAGAAGAGAAGAUUUGGAGAGACUCCAAGAAGAGCAAAAGAGAAUGCUAGAGGAAGAAACCAAAAAGAGAGAAGCUUUCCAACUUCUCCAGGAAGAAAAGGAUAACCAGUUAAGAGAAGCAGAAAAGAAGUUGCGGCAGCUAGAAGCCGACCGUUUAAAGCUUGACCACGAGCUGCGUAGUGCCAGAGAAAAAAUCGUCAUGUCAGAAAGAGGAAAAGAACUGUUGGAAGCAAGAAUGAAGGUUAAAGAGAGAACACCACCUGUUCGUACUUACUCUCUACGGCCUAUAAGAAAAGAACGAGGACCAGUGCCCACGAGAUCAUCUUCUUUCAAUGCUCAUGCUGCGCGGAUUUUCAAGUUCCGUUCUAAGAAUGAGGAUAGCAAUAAUGGUAAUGGAAAUGGCAAUAGUAAUGGGACUAUUGAAAGUAGCUAAGUGAAUGUAUUUAUUAUAGUUUUAGAUUAAAAGAUAAUUUUAUAAUAUAUUGGAUAUCAAU